GUUGACUCCGGUACAUUACACUCAGAUGCUGAACUGAUUCAAACACACCUGUUGCUACCUGAGCUAGAAGAGCGACCGCGGUGAGAUGGGACUGUGCUUCAGACUGGCGGCGGCGUUGCUGCUGCUCCUUCAGGCGCUCCCCCCGACGCUCCUCCUGGACUCCACCGACUCCCCCGGCCGCACCAUCGACAAGGCCUGGUACCGGGCCCCCCCCAACAACGCUGAGGACCCCCCCGCGGGGGGGCAGGAGACCCGAGGGGAACAGGAGGCCCCGGGGGAGGGCCAGGGGGCCAGACUGGGGGAACAGGAGCCCACAGUGGGGGAACAGGAGGCCACAGAGGAGGGCUCCUCUGGGGAGGCCCCUGGGGAGGUACAGGACACCCCCGCGGGGGAACAGGAGCCCACAGUGGGGGCCCCGGAGCCCACCGCAGGGGCCCCGGAGGACACCGCGGGGGACCAGGAGCCCACAGUGGGGGCCCCGGAGCCCACAGUGGGGGCCCCGGAAGACACCGCGGGGGACCAGGAGCCCACAGCGGGGGACCAGGAGCCCACCGCGGGGGACCAGGAGCCCACCGCGGGGGACCAGGAGCCCACAGUGGGGGCCCCGGAGCCCACAGUGGGGGACCAGGAGCCCACAGCGGGGGACCAGGAGCCCACAGUGGGGGCCCCGGAGCCCACCGCAGGGGCCCCGUGGCCGGUCAGCGAGGGCACGUCGUCUACGGGGUUCGCUGCGUACGGACGGCCGACCGGCUCCGGGGCCAGCGGAGAAGAGGAGGAGGAGCAGGAGGGCCCCAGCGCCCUCCCCCCCGCCGGGCCCCUGCUGCCCAACAACACGUCAGAGGCCAACGAGUCCAGCACCCCCGCUGCCCCCCGCACCGAGACCACCCCCCCGUCCGGCCCGGGCCCCGCCCUGAACGGCUCCGGCUCAGAGGACACGCCUCUGAGCGACCCGACGCCGGCGUCCAACUCCAGCGACGCGGCCGCCCCGAACGCGACCGCCGCCCCGACGGUUAGCGCCUCCGAGGGGACCACCCUGGCUCCGGAGCCCCCCGUGAGCCCCGAGGCACCCGGAGGGACCGCCCCAGGGCCCGGGCCCCGCAGCACAGAGGGGCCCCCGACCGGCGGCCCCCCCGCCUCGGAGAGCGCAGCCACGGAGGAGACGACAGCGGACCCCGCCGCCCCUUGGACCCCCGGCACCGGCACCGCCGGACCCCCCCCCCCGGAGGCCACGCUGAACGCAACGGCUCCGGUCACCAUGACAACAACCCUGGCUCCCGGGACAACAGAGAAGAGCAACGCCACCGACCGGGACGCGGCGUCGGAGGAGAGCAACACAGACCGAGGGUUGGUCUCCAGUUCCAAGGGAAACAGACAGAACGAGGCCUGGGCCGCCAUCUUGGGGACAGCAGUGGCUGUGUGCGUGCUUGCGUUGGUCGUCUUUGUCAUUCUGAAGAAGAAGAACCAGAAGGCGUUCUCCCACAGAAAGCUGGUGGAGUUCUCCUCAGACCCAGUUCUUACCCUAGACAACAGUGAGUCUCUGGAGUCCACUAACUACGGCCGGGGGGGCUACUACAACCCGGCGCUGCAGAUGACCACCAUGCCACCACGAUACAACGCACCCGUCCCCGACGGCUACGUGGACUGAAGUCAGCGUCUUGUAGAUCAGGAGAACUGUGUUCAUAGAGGUGGAAGAUACAAAGGAAGGGUUGUGAAUACAUAACAUGAAAGAUGACUCGAUAACAUAUGAUCAAAACCAAUAUUUUUUAUUUGUACCUGUCCAGCUUUAAUGCGGUUAUAUCCAACAUUGUGCUUAGAGAGAGCAUAAGGCGUAAGAUUAUAAGGCACAGCUUUUUUAUUUUGUUGCCCAAUAAAAUGUAUGUUUUUUGAAGGAUUAGAAAUAACUUAAAUGUGGUAGGGGUUCAUCAGUAUGUUUGUUCCAUUAAGUCACUUUUGCUGUAAAUGAAGGAAAGCUUGAAUGAUUACAGCUGUGGUUAACUUUAAACAACAUCCACGGAAGAGUUCAAGAAAGGUGAAGAAGUCAACAUGUAUGCUUGGUCACAAUGACAAGCUGAGGAUAAACAAGGGUCACAUGUAAAGUAAUGUGACUGCUGCACUGGGCCAGCCGGCCCGGUGGAGGGAGGGACCUGCCGGGAGGGAGGCGUGGAGUGGGAGACGGGCGCUGUGGUUUGAUGACUACCUGCCACAGAUACGAGGCGACUCCUCAUUAUUUACAGCCUGGAGUUUAGAUACCAGAGGCCCCCCCCCUACCUGAGCUGUAUUAGGCAUCGUACCGACACACAGUAUGGCCUCAUGUAGAUACCUCCUCCAUACAAUCGCCAAGAUAAGGUUUGAUAUCGGAAGCGUUUUCAUGCUGCACACAAUCUGUCAUCUGGACGUCAACCCAGAAUGUGUGAUGAAGAAAGGAAAAAUGAAGGAUGUGAGCUACUUGUCUGAUCAAAUUGAUGAAUGGUUUCAAAUUAAAUGGCCAACAAUAAUCUACGUAUGUUUUCAUUCCAAGUUUAACAGAAUAAUACUGGGACUGAAUGGCAAGCAUUCUCUCUGAUAACUGUACAGUAGCAUGUGUUUUACUUAUCCCAAACAUUUUCAAGAGAAGUGUAAACUAAGUCAUUGAAUGCUUUAGCUUACACUUUUGGAAUCCGUGCCCCGAGUCCGUCCUCUUGGUUUUAGGCACACAGUACUAAAAUAAACAUGUCACAUUCAAUUAGCAGCCGUUAGAUAACAUCAUAUGAACAACGUCAUAUGAACAGGCCCUUAAUGUUUGCGUCCUGAUAUAGUUUGAAUGUCAUCAUAUUGUUCAAGUUUACUUUGUACUUCUUAAACUGUUAAGAAUAUUAACAUCAAGCUCAGAUUUCUAUUGAACCCGAAUCCCAAACGCAUGUUGGAGCAGCCAGGGAGAGAGGGUGGUACAACCCCAUGUUCUACUGGUUCUACUGGUGCAUAACUAUGGCGACACAUCCUACCUUCAAAUGCAGACGAAUACAACUCGUGAUGUUCUGAAUCCUAUACUGAAGGGUGGCUGAAUCCAUGUGUAAGUAAUAAAUGCUUUAAUUCAAUAGUCACUAAAUUGUGAACACCUGUAGCCUGUCGAUAGAGAUGAGGUCUUUACAGAUUGCGGUAAAUGCUGCCAUUUAUUAUUACAAUGAACACACCUUUUAUAUGUAUGUGUACAUUGCAGAAUCAAAGAAUGAAUUCUUUACAUGAAUAGAGAUUGUAUCAGAUGUAUCUGAGUCAUCACAUCUACGGGUACAGCCCCAUCGUAGCAUGUUGCACGGAGUCGGAUAUCAUGAAUCACUGUCCUACGUGACGUCUAUUGGGCGCUAUGAAGCUCAACCUGCUCUACCUAAUGACAGGGUGUCUCCUGCCCCAGCUGCUGUCAAUAUCUCUAGCCCGGAGUGAUCAGAAUCACAGCCGUCUCUGAUAUUGCUACCGGCUUACCACUGUCACUCUUUUAAUGUUGUCAGGUUGUGUCGCGCAAUGGUUUUUAAUAAGUGGAGAUGAUCGUGUCACUGUCUACUUUGAGCUUAAUUAAAUACAAAUUUGAGUUUGCCAUGACUUCUAAUAAAGUGUAGCUAUGUGCCACCUGGAUUCAGCGUAGCCUAUCUGACAUGCUGAAGAUGACAGAAAAAGUGUCGCCAUGUUCCUUUCUGUGACGCAAAAUGUAAGCAAAUAAUAUCAACA